AUUUAAAACCUAAGACUUGUCACGUGACAAUUAAAUGUUUACAGAAUACGGAAACAAAAAUGGCGAAAGCUAUGUAUUUGGAGCAUUAUUUGGAUAGCUUAGAAUCACUACCUGCAGAAAUGCAAAGAAAUUUCAACUUAAUGAGAGAUUUAGACCAACGUUCACAAGAUCUGAUGAAGAAAAUAGAUAAAGCUGCUUCAGAUUAUUUAAAUAAAGUCCGACAUAUGUCUCCAGAGAAAAGAACCAACACUUUGAAUCAGAUAGAGUCAAUGUUUAGUAAAAGCAGAGAAUAUGGUGAUGAUAAAGUUUCGCUUGCAAUGCAAACAUAUGAAAUGGUUGAUAAACACAUAAGAAAGUUAGAUGCAGAACUGGCUAGGUUUGAGGCAGAUCUAAAAGAUAAAACAACUGUUCGCAAAAAAGACUCACCAGAAGGAAAAACAUUAGGUAAAAAAAAAAAUGAAAAAGACAAGAAAAAGAGAAAAAGUAACAAAGAGGAAUUUGAAGAUGAAAUACCAAAAAAGAAGAAAAAGAAAAAUGCAAAGACAGAAGAGGAAGUUGAAAUUGGUUCCAUCAGCCCUUUCCCUUUGACUACACAUCCGUCAGAUGUUUUAGACAUGCCAGUAGAUCCAAAUGAACCAACUUACUGUCUGUGCAAUCAAGUGUCCUAUGGUGAAAUGAUAGGCUGUGACAAUCCUGAUUGCCCAAUAGAAUGGUUCCACUUUGCAUGUGUUCAACUUAAAACAAAACCCAAAGGCAAGUGGUUUUGCCCUAGAUGUCAAGAGGAAAGAAAAAAGAAAUAAGUCUCUGGUUCUGUAGCUCCAGUUCAAGCCAUUUCCUUUUAGUCAGAUGUCAAGAUUUUAGAAAUGAUAUUGUUGAUAGUGUUGUUUUCUUGGGUUUUUAAAGUUAAGGUAAAUGAAAGACUUGAUUAGCAUUUUUAUUACUCUAUAUUGAACUACUUUAGCUGACUCUACAUUGAACAAAUUUUUUUUUCAAUGCAAGUUGUAUUCACAGAAGUUGAUACAAGUUGAGCAUAAACCAUAUACAUAUAUCUUAUAUGUGUAUGUCCAUCUAGGUAGAUAAAUGGAUGUUUUUUUUUUUUAAUAUAUAACAAGUUAACUUUUUACAAAACAAGAAUUUAUUGUGCUAGGCCACAAAAAUUGGUGAAUCAGACUAUUUGUUUAAAUCAAUUAGUUUUGUGUUUUUUUUUAGUAAGAAGAUUUGAAUAAAGUAAUUAGAUCAGGAGUUUUACUUUAGUGUUAAAUGCUUCUCAAAAACUUGAAUAAACAACAAAAUAUUUAUGUUGAAAUAUGUAGACAACUUUUAAAAUGCUCGUGAAACAAAGAUUCUAACAUAACAUGUACUGUUUUAGUGGUACUGAUUAUAUUUUGUAUGGAACUGUAAAGCUGAUUUGAUUUGAUUGCAGAUUUUUAUGAAGUGUGCCCAGGUUUUAUUUUUUGUCUGCAAACCUGAGCCAGACUUUCAUUUCAGCAGGCUUUCUGUAGUGUUAAAAUUUUGUUUUAUGUAAAAAUGAAAUGGCUUCAAAGAAAUGUUUUGUAGAUUUUUAAAUUGAUGUUCUUUACUUUGUGAACAAAGUAAUUUCAUGUAAAUACUCCACAGUUUUUAUUGCCAGUCAUAACAAGUUUUUACUGUGAUUAUCUCCCUUUAGUAUUGGAUGUAUAAGUGUUUUAUUGUGUACAGUGUAUGCCUGUUUUCACUUGUGUGCUUGACACUCAGAGUGUCUUAUGGGAGACAAAGAUUAUGUGAGUGCAUGAAAGGUUGAAGCUAAUGCAUUUUUUAAAAAUGUUAGCAAAUGUAGUUUUUUUUGCUGCACAUAAUAGUAUUGCUUUUUAUCUAAUUGUUCUACACACAUAUUUUAUUGCUUGCAAAGUUUUAUCAUAGACUAAUUGAUAAGUAUUGAAACAUGAAAUCUAAUGCUGUAUUUCUUUUUGUCCAUCCUGUGUGUAUGAGAAUAAAAAAAACUAUUUAUUUCUUUUAGAAACAGAAUGAAGUUUAACAGAUGAAAUAUUUAGUACUUAGAGAGUUUAUUUAUUCACAUGUAUAGUUUUUCACAAAAUUAAUUUCAUUCUGUUUAUAAUACUCUCAAUGUAAAAAACAUGUUGAUUGAAAGGUGCAGAGCUUAAUAGAUGAGCUCAAGUUUCUAGAUUUGCAUAUGUUGUUGUUUUUUUUUGAGACUGAAUGUACUGACACUAUAGGAUUCUGUUGACUAUCCUGUGUCAUGUUCUGUCUUGGAAAUGAAAAGAGUUGGAUAACUGGUCACAUACUUUUCUGACUCAAAAUAAAAUAGAUACCUAUUGACUCUUUGACACUUGGACAGAAUUAAUGGUUUUUGCCCAUGCUUUGAUUAAACUUUUUUGCUUUUAUUAGAAAAUGAUAUAUUUAGUAUAAAAUUAAAAAAGAAUGCAUGCCCUUUUUAAGUAGCACAAAGCAAUUUCUUUAAAACAAAAAAUUAUUUUUAUAUUAAAGUUUGAAAUUUAAAAAUAAAAACUUAUCGACUGCAAAAAAGCAUCCAAGAUCUAGACCUGAUCUUGGAAAAAUGAUCCAUUAUGAAAAUAAAUGUUUUUUGUAUUAUAUUUAUCCAUAUUGUCACAAAAUUUUAUAGAGAAAACACAUAAAAUAGAAAGUUUGAGCUAAUUAUCUAUGUCACUACUAUUACAGCUCUGGGUCUAUAUUAGAUCUAGGAAAUAAAUUGUGAUCCAAAGUAGAAAAGAAUAAUUAUUUAAGAUAUUUAUUCAUAUUUCCACACAACUUAAUUUGAAAACCAUUUAAAAACAUAAAGUGUUAUGAGCUCAUUAUCCCCUAUCACUGCCAUCCAGAAGAUACACCUAAAGAAAAUAGAGCCUAUUUAAGACCCCUAUCUUUCAAAAAAUCUUUCACUGUAAAAACCCAUUGGAAGAAGGAAAUUCUGGAUGUUUAGCAAAAGGAAACUAUUCAAGAUGUUUUAAGCAAUUUAAAACAUACAGUACGGGAGAAAAAAAAUAAUUUUAAAACACUGACGUUGCCAGCCUUGAUCCAAGCUUUAUAGCUGGGUAAAAUCAACGAUGGGAGCGUCAUUAUGGAGUCAAAGAGUUAAUGUACUUCGUUGCAUUUGGUGUCCCCAAUACCAAAAAUAUUUGUUGUCUUUCUCAAAUAAAUUUUUUUUCAUGCUAGAAACUUGAAAAAAAAUGUUCUGUUUUAUUUAGCAGCUGCAACAAUGAAAUCUGGAUACAUUAAUCCUAACACAAUUUGUCUUCACUUGGAAUACUAUUUAAUUGAGAUACCAAAUAAUUUUUCUUUUUAACUUAAUGAAUGAAAGCAAACGAGGUAAGCAGAUGGAUAUACACACAUAUUUGUUGUCCAACUUGAACCUAAAUACCAGUGAAUGAAUAACUCUUGUAAAACUUGUACAUAUUAUUUUAUUUGAAGAAAGAUCUUUUGUUACUUAGGAUUUUAAAAGAGUGUAGAUAUGUCUGACCACCACACACAAGAUAUUAUAAAUAAUCUAUAGGAAUGAGCUAACAUUUAAAAAGGAAAUUAACUUCAACUGUGUGCUUUUUUUACUUUAAGUUAAAUAUGUGAAUUGUGAGUCAUUGUUCAAUUCAUUGAAAGAAAACUAAUUAAUUUUUUUUCCCAUUUAAUAUAACAACAAUUGCACUGAUCUAGUAAUAAUUAUAUUAUAACCUGGAUUUUAGUUUUUAGCAGACAGUAAUUUUAAAGCUAUAGGCUCAUGCAGUCAUAGAACUAUUAGAUCUAUACACUGAUAAAAUGGUUAUGCACUAAUUGAUAAAAUCAUUUCUAUUCAACUUUAAAAUUUGGUUUUAUUAACGAAUUAGAUCAAUGUUAUUUUGUUGAUUUGUGUACAUUAUCACAAAAACAUAAUAAAUGAAAAAAUAUUUGUUUGGCACAAUGAAUUCUAAAGCUUUUAUUGUAUAAGGUCAUUCAUUCCUACACUAAAGUAAAAUACAGCCAAGCCUUGUGAAACAUUCUUUAUUAGCCGAUUGUUAUGUGUUAGAUCUAUCUGAAGCUCACAGGAAUGUAGAUACGGUCAUUCAUUGGUUAAAAUCUAAAAUUAAUUCAAUGCUGACUUGUCUUACACUGAAAUGUACAACUGUAGUGCUCAUCAUUGGAUGCUGCUGAUCAGCAAUACAAGUUGAACAGUAUCACUAAAUAGUUCAUUUCAAAAACAACUUUGUAGUAAUCAUUUAAUUCAUAUAAGUGGGAAAUAAAAUGUCCAAAAAAAAAAGGCCUGAAGGGCAUGUUUUAUUGUCUAUCAAGGCUUGACUCUAUUUGACUGAAUCAUUUGGUUCUAGUUAUUUAGUCAUAUCAAUAACUUAUUUUGAAAAAAGUGUAAAGAUGCCUGUACAUUUCUUUGUAUAAUACAGUUAUA